AUGGGCGACUCCCCCCCAGCCGCCGACCCAGAUGUCGACGUCGACAUCGACGCCGACUCGGCCGCCCUCGCCGCAGCGAUGGGCUUCACCAGCUUCGGCGCCCAGGCCCGCCCCUCCAAGAAGCGCCGCUUCAACCCGCGCGCCGACGCCGCCGUCGCUGCCACCACCACGACAUCCGGCCUCGGCCUCGGCCCCGCGCCCCCGUCGCUCCCGCCGAAGCCUCCCGCUCCAACUCCCGCCUCCUUCACCCCGGGCACCGCCGCCAACGGCCUGCCGCUCCAUCCCCGUCCGGCCCGUCGCGGUCGCGGCGGCGGCGGCGGCGCCCCUGGAGCGGCUGCUGCUGCUGAGGGUGGGAACGCCGAUGAGAUUGGCCUUGGCGAGGGCGACGACGAUGACGAUGACGAGCCCGCUGGCGGCGAUGGGGGCGAUGGUGGCGAAGACGACGAAAAGGACGAUGGCGGGAGCCCACAGUAUAUCGAUACGUCGAGGCCGCCUGCGCCUGCGCCGCUAGACGCCGAGGCCGGCGGCGCCAGCGCGCAUGGCCAGGCCCGGGGACUGCUGCCCGGACGCGACCAGGAACCGGCCCGGGGAGGAUGGAGAGGCCGCGGUGGCGGCGGCGGGGGCGGGGGCGGGAGGGGCGGUGGCGUGCGCAACCCGGACUGGUCGGUCGACUACUACGACCCGAGCAGCAAUGAGAAUCCGUGGGGGAGACUGGAGGCGGUCAAGGGUUUGGAGCCCGUCGGCUCGUGGUUGGACCGGCGGGGUGGGGGGGUGAGAUCUGGGUAA